AUGACCAUACUCCGACCAUCCUUCUCAGAGCUACGGCAUCUUCCAGGACCGACAAACCACCAUUUCUUAGUCGGCCAUGCCUUGCGCAUUCUGCGUGGAUCCGGACCAAAUGAGCUCUAUCUCCAGUGGAUGCGGCGUUGGCCGAAUGCACCGUUUAUACGAUGUCUUUCCUGGCUUAACUCAGAGGUUCUCCUCGUUAACAACAUAGAAGCUUGUCACGAAGUCCUCCAGACGAAUGCUUACCGCUUCGCGAAACCUGGGUUCUUCCAUACGCUUGUCGGAGAGUUUCUGGGCGUCGGACCUCUAUCUCGCCCGAGUAUUCGGAAGCUAUUUCCGACGUUCGUGUCGUACUCUCGCAAGUUGAACAGCGAUAUUGAAGCUGCGAUCCAACAAAGCAGUAACGGCGUCUUGGAAAGUUCGUAUACACCGAGUGAAUUUACCUCUUUGUCAAGAGCUGACAAUGCUAUUUUAGUCGAUGACUUGUUUACAAGGGUGACACUUGACAUCAUCGGUGUCUCGCUUGUUGGCAAAGAACUUCGAGACUUUAGCUCAAAGACCUCGCCUUUAUCAUUUGAGCAAUGCUACAAUGGUAUCUUGGCACAGCCACUUGCUGGUCAGAUCAUAAGCUUCAUCAACCCCUUCAUCCCACUGCGUUGGCUACCUGUAUCCGCAAAUCUGAACUUUAUCAAGGCCAAAUCCGCUCUCAAGGGCAUGAUGACAGAACUAAUUGAGCAGCGGACAUCUGAGGUAGCAAAAGCCAAGGAGUUGGGUACAGACAGUGGACUAUCGGAUGAUUUGUUGACGAGGAUGAUCGAAGCAAGUUCUGUUGAGAACCAGAAAUUGUCUCGAGAUGAGUUGAUCGACAUAACCAUGCAGGUCAUCGCGGCAGGACACGAGACUACAGCUAGUGCCCUUCUCUGGACAACCUACGCCCUUUCCAAAGUUGAGAAAUCACAGGAACGUUUAAGGACUGAGAUACUUACUCUCAGUGCUGAUGACAUGACUGCCAAGUCGAUAGACGAACUGCCGUACCUCGAUAACGUCAUUCGAGAAGCUCUACGCGUGUACUCCCCUACUCUAAUGAUACCAUGGGAAGCACUUGAGGAUAUCGAGAUAGCAGGCGUCAGCAUCCCAAAAGGGACAACUGUCCAGCUCGUUCCAGCAAUGACGCAGCUGAACCCCGAGAUCUGGGGUCCCGAUGUAGAAGCCUUCAAUCCUGAUCGAUGGGAACGUCUUUCUGGUGAUGCUUUGAGCCCAUAUGCUAUGGAGACCUUCUCGAACGGGCCUCGUAUGUGUCCCGGAAAAUCGUUGGCUUUGCUGAAUAUGAAAGUUUUGUUGGUUGGGUUGAUUAGAGACUUUAAGAUCGAGAGUAUUGGAGAUCAUGAGGUGGAGUUCAGAAACCCGAGCUUGACAUUGAAGUCCAAGAGGCCACUUCGAUUUAAGGUGCAACGUGCUGCUGAAGGGGCUUGA